UGACAAGUCAAUCGGGGGUUGAAGAACUAUUUGGUUGUUUAACAAGAUAAAGUAAUGAGAUUUUAGAUUGGUGCGUUACGUACAUUCAUUAAAUAAUUAGGAUUUCUACUUAAAUUAAUCAUGGCUUUUAUGAUUUUACUGUGUUCCAUUUACUUAUUAAUCAAUUAGAGAAAACCAUAAUACAAUAAACAAUUGACGAGGAAACAAAUAAUUUUUGCCAUCUUAAUAGUUGAUACUGCUUGUAAAGCCUUGCUCUAUAUUAGUUUAUUUGGCAUUUCAGUUAAGCAAUAGAGUUGACGCUUUGUAUUUCCCCAUUCCAUAUUUUCAAUUUAUGUUCAUCAGUUAUAGUAUCUACUAUUUUGGCAGAAAGUCUAUAUUGAUAGCUUCGUUCAAUGGAUCAGAUGAAGCACUAUCGAUCUCUGCCACGAUGCAAAUAAAGUUGGCUCAAUUGAUGUUCAAUGGAUUGGUGUUCUUUAUUUCAGCAAUUUUUAUUUUAAAUUACAUUGAUUACUUUCUGAAUAUGGAUGAUUAUCACUUAUGCCAAGGUUAUAUUGCUAAUUAUUAAUUAGCCUAGUUUUUCAAUAUAAUUACCACAGUAGGAUUCUUGCUUUAAGGAUUAUUCUUUUUAUAGAUAAGACAAUUAACUCGUUAAGUGAACAAGAAUAUUAAAUAGGAUCAAAGUGGAGAGAUCAGAUAGUUUACUGAAGUUGUGAAGAAGAGAUUAAAAUAAAUUUGGUAUAAAUGCUCAAUAUUGAGGUUGCUCCUGAUUGUAAAUAUAAUAGGUUCUUUUGUUAGUUUUACUUAGAAUAUCUAUUUUGUGAUCAUGAAUCAAAUAUACCACACCAAAGGUAUGAAAUACACAUGUUUUUAUGUGAAUGUAAGAAUUGAUUGAUAAUGAAUUUAGUUUCCGAAUGAUGAGAAUUUGACCAAUUUCUUGAAUUCAAGUCUUGAUUUGUUAGACAAAUUCCUUUCUUUCUUUCUUCCCUACUUUUUUGCUCUAGUUAUAUUUUGGUAGAGAAAGGCAAAACAAGUGGUGUAAUCAGAAUCUUAAGAAAUUACAACUGAAACGUAUGUAAUUCAGAGUGAUAGCACAGAAUAGAUAGAUCAAAGUCCAUCAAUGGAAACUUGA